AUGCCGAAUCAAGAUUUCGAUUUCAUUGAUUAUAUGGGACCAUUAGCAGUUGCAUUCAGUUUCGCAUUCAUAAUAUUCUUCAUAUCUUUUUUCAUUAUCAAUUUCUAUUGCAUUACCAGAUUCGACGAUCUCACUGUAUUCGAGAAGCUAGCGUGCAAGAAGAAUAUCCGUAUGGGACCACAUUCAUUAGCUGCUGCCAAACGUGGUGAUUAUGCCUCAACUUAUGCGAAAGAAGACUUGAAGAAAGGCCUACUGGUGUAA